UAUGGACUGUCUGGUAGGGAGGAAAGAGGGAGCAAAAAUAUGGACUGGCUGUGGGUCCCCGAGGACCAGAUUGGGACACAUUGGUCUAUAAGAUCACAUGUCUUAACUGCUCUCAGCUUAACAACACAAUAACUGACCGUGUUGACCCUGUGUGCAUGCUGUUUAUAUUCAGUUGCAGCCCCAUGAUUCGCUGUAUAGAUGAGCAGGCUGUUUGCAUCAGCAAGCAGGCAUACUUAAUAAACUGGCCACUGAUGUGUAUGUACUAUAUAUAUCGUGAAAUUGUUGUAAGGUAGAAAGCAGAGGGCAGAAAUUAUGUCACACCAUAGAAAACACAGAGGAUAUCUGUUUAUCCAGCCACUGGACCUAUAAAACAAGGACAGUCAAAGAGAGAAGCCUUGGCAGCAUAAUGAAUGAGGAUCAGUCCACCAGACACAGGAACUGUAAAGUCUUUGUGUUAAGAGAAGGAAGAAAAUGUUUGAAUGGGGAAUUAUACAUAACUUGUUGUGCCACUUUGUCAUGGGAGAUAUGACACAGGUCCUCCUCUCUCACACUGGUAAUUUACGACUCACUGGAGUUUAUAGAUUUAAUUCAUAGCGUUCAUUUGCAUUGUGUUGAACGUUAUCCAAAUAAAAGAUUGGUCAAUUACUCUAAACGGGCCCAGAUUGAAAUGUAGUAAGGUCCAUAAGAGGGUUGUUCCAGUUACUGAUUCUAGAAGCACUCAGUAAGGUUCAUUAACUAGCAUGCGUGAUGUAUAUGGAUAUGACGUAAAUCUAUGAGUUUAGUAUUCUGCCUGUGAUUUUAUUGCAGUGAGAACAUCACGUAAAAGGCACCGGAGUGGAAUAACACUGGAAUAAUGGCUUGUGUGUGUGAGGAUUAACCUCCAGUAAGGAUCUCCAGAGAGGUCUGGUUCUUUCUGCUGCUCUUUUGCUACACCUACCAAAAAAACAGCAUUACGUUUAAAUGUCUGUGCUCAAACAUGUAAAGCUAGUGUUGAAGUAACAUAUUUGUUGCCAGUAAAGGCAUCGCACAGCUGACCUUUAACCCUGCUGACAGAUAGGAGAGUGAGGUGGACGGGUGGGCGGGGCUAUGGGUCACAGCGCACUCCUGCCGUGACGGUGACGGGUCACACUCAACCAGAACUGGGCAGAGGGAGUACGGCAAUCAUUAGGAGCAAUGCUGAGCUGGAAAGAGAAAGAGCAGAGGAAAAAGUACUCCAACUCCAACAUCAUCAUGCAUGAAACGUCCCAGUAUCAUGUGGAGCACCUCUCCACCUUUGUGAUGGAUAAAACCGAGUCUAUUGCCACAGUUGAUGAUGCCAUCAAGAAGCUUAUCUUUCUUGACUCCAAAGACAAGAUCUGGACCCAGGAGAUGCUGCUGCAGGUUACCGACAAGGCCAUACGCCUCCUGGACUGUGACUCACAGGAGGAGCUGGAGAACUUCCCACUGUCCACGGUGCACAUGUGCCAGACGGUGUUGAAUCAGACCCGCUACCCCUCGGUGCUGCUGCUUGUGUGCCAGGACAAUGAGCAGCACCGGCCCGACAUCCAUUUCUUCCACUGUGACGAGGUGGAGGCUGAAAUGGUGCAUGCUGACAUCGACAGCGCCCUCGGAGACAACAAGCACGGCAAGAAGAUGCGGCCGCAGACCCUGAAGGUCAAUCAAGAGAAGAUGAAACGCCACAGGGAGACCAUCAUCCCCCCCUCGGCCUCCAAAGACCAAGCCCCGGCCGUCAAGGGCAGAGUGGCUGCCACAAACAUGAAAGAUAUCGAUAGACGGAUUUCUGUUCAACACGACCAGGAGUCUAAUGAAAAGCUGGCACAGCGCAUUGAAAAGGAUGUGCAAAUUCUCAACUGUGCUCUGGACGACAUUGAAAUUUUUGUGGCGCGGCUGCAGAAGGCCGCUGAGGCGUUUGCUCAGCUGAACCAGCGGAACAAGAGCAAGAAGGGCAAGAAGAGAGGUCCGGCAGAGGGCAUGCUGACCUUACGAGCCAAACCACCAUCAGAGGCCGAAUUCACAGAUAGCCUGCAGAAGAUAAAACUUGCCUUUAACCUACUGGCCAAACUAAAGAAGCACAUCCAGAAUCCCAGUGCAGCAGAGCUGGUUCACUUUCUAUUCGGUCCUUUGGAGCUGGUGCUACAAAGCUGUGGGAGUCCAGAUCUGGCCCGGUCCAUUACCUCCCCUCACCUGUGCCGGGAUACUGUUGAAUUUCUGAGGGGACAUCUUAGCCCCAAGGAAAUGACUAUCUUUGAGCUGCUGGGAGAUUACUGGACCAGACCCAGAGCGGAUUGGCCGAAAGAUCAGCUUGCCCCUCCCUACUUUCCAAAGUUUCGCAAUGGCUGGGAACCUCCUGCAGAGAUUUUCCGGACCUCACCAUGGGAAACAGAAGGCUUUGCCCAAGCUCUCCCGCCAGCCAAUCAGUCAGUUUACAGGAAACCAUCCGAGGAGUUUUAUGGUUCACCGCCCUACAGCCCCUCCAACGGGAUGUAUGACAGCACACUCCAGUCACGCAAAUAUGCCAAGAUCCGCUACCACUUCGUGGCUCGCAACGCCAAUGAGCUGUCGGUACUGCAGGACGAGGUGCUGGAGGUGUUAGAGGAUGACAAGCAGUGGUGGAAGCUCCGGAACCGCAGCGGCCAGUCGGGCUAUGUGCCGUACAACAUCCUGGACGUGGUGAAGCUGGAGGAGCCCCCCAGCAUGUCAGAGCCCCUGUACAGCCAGCCUGGCCAGUCUUACCGAGGCCCUGCAUCCCCCAGCCCUAUCGGUCUUGGGGACAGUUUUGACGCAGAGAGAAACCCCCGGGACAAAGUUGCACGGAAUCAGCAGAUGAACGAGGUGAACGAUGAGCUGCUGAAGAGGAUCACCACCAACAAGACGCAGCCUGCAGCACGAAACUUCCGCGUCGAGCGACCUUCCAGCCACUCAGUGCCGCUGAACUUCGAGUCGCCCCCGGAACAGGUCACCACGUGGCUGAACGCCAUGGGCUUCACCAAACCGACCGUGGACUGCCUGGGCAUCCUUACCGGAGCCCAGCUCUUUUCCCUCAACAAGGAGGAGCUGAAGGCGGUGUGUGGGGAUGAGGGCGCCAGGGUCUACAGCAAGAUCACCGUGCAGAAAGCUCAGCUGGAGAAGAGCCGUGGGAGCUCUGAGCUCCAGGAGAUCAUGAAAAGGCAGCAAGAGAAAAUUAACUCAUCCGCCCAGAACUGAGGCUGGCCAAUUACCCACAAUGCUGCAGUCAUUACAUCAUCAUUACAAUUGCAUCAUGGACCAUCUUGCCCAAACCUCCACCUAUCCACAAAAUAUUGUCUUUUAUUUUUUCUUUUCCUCUUGGACCUCCACUCUUCCAGUUAGUUUUCUUUGCUGGAUGUAGUUAGACACUAAAACAUUUUGAUAUAUUAUGUUUUUAAAUUGUAUAUUUAUUUUAUUUUUAUUAUUUGCAUAUUUCUCAUUUUAAUUUACAUUAUUUCCAUUUCACACUUUGCCUGUCUUUUUGACAUUUUAACAUUCACUUUCUGUGUCUCUGGAUUUGUAUGUGAGAUGUAUGAUGUGUGUAUGAUGUUGGUCCCUGUUGUGUCGCAGUGAUUUUCUUGUGGGGUAUCAAUUACAACUGAUUUAGGCUGCAUCUGUACAAAUAACCUUUUAAACACCGGGAUAUAUACAUGUAAAUAUUACUGAAUCACUUUGUAGGACAUUUAUAUAUAAAUCAUCACUGUCACAUUCAUAGAUAAAUUUACACAUGUGGAUAUACCAGUGAUGUUUCAGAGAGAAAGGAGAGGUUUCUUCUGUGAGUGGAAAACAGAUAUCAACAUGUGAAGACAAAACAAAAUGACACAAAUGGGAAAAUAAAGUAGAUGUCGAAUAAUAUCAUGAUAAACUCAGAAGCAUCUGUGACAUCAGACCCUGGUUCAGACUUUCUUUACUAUGUUCGGAUUACCCAUAAAAAAUCUGUACAUCAUGCAGAUUUUUUAGAAGGGAAAUGCCUUAAGAUUUUCAUUAUAGUAACUUUAACCUUGUGGCUGGGUGCUGAAAUGGAGCAGCCUGGUUUGAAGUCAGUUUAGUUUUGAAGACCCAGUUCUCUAUCUCUGGAGAGUUCUGUGGGACAAGUGAGCAAAUCUAGAUAUUUAUUUCAUUUGCCUUAUCUCAGUUUCAGAGUAGGAAGUAAAAAUACCUGUAAAUUAGCUCAGCAAUCAUUAGUAUAAUUUCCCUGUCUGAAACCUCACAGAACAUUGAUGCUCUAGUUUAAGACUAAGUAGGACAUAAACAUGGUCUAUAUAGUGACUCUACCCUGUGAUGCCCAAUGAUCCUUAGCUCCACUAGGGAUGCAUUGUAUCUAGUUGGGGCAUAUGAUGGCACAUUAAUAUUGUUAUCUUAAAAUGGUCUUUAACAACGUCCUGAAUCAAGUACUUAAUGUAUAUAGGUGUCGUGGAGAAUGGUGAAUAAAUACAAGCAGGGUUAACCUAC